GUUUAUCACGAUGACAUGAAUUAUGAACCUGAACAAGCCCUUAACUACACCAAACUAGUCAGUACAUGGAGUACUAGCUUAACUAGUAAGCUUCACUUUCCCUCAAACGUUCUCUUCAUCCAAACAGUAUUAUAAUACCUCACAUUUCCCUUUUUCUGGCUUUUUUCUUCAUUUUCAGAGCUUAAUUCCUCCUCUAUUCCUACCCUUUACGAUUUGGAGAUCAAAGACUGAGUUUGAAGGUCUGGACACACCCAAAAAGUUGUGAUUUUUACUGUUUAAGCUCAAGUUGCUUGAUUUUUAGCGUCAAUAUUAGUCCUUUUGUUUAGAUUGCAUUGUGGGUUUUGGUGAUACAGUUUUUGGUUAGUGAAAUUCUUUAACUUGUCGACUUCUCUGUGUUAAAUUUUGUUUAUUGCUUUUGAGGUUCAAAUGGCUGGUUGUUCAUCGAGUUUUGGAUUGACCCAUGCUGUGAACUUUCGAAACGAUGUCGUUUCUUGGAAGGUAUGGAAUCAGAAUCCCAUAAAGGAGGUGGGUUUUACGAUGUUUAGUAAAAAUAAUGGGAUUGGACAUAUUUACUUGAAGAGAAAAGAGAAUACUGCGAUAAUGAAUAUGGUGGAGUCACAAGGUGAGUCUCAAUCCCCAGUGGCUGCAAUUACGAUUCCCAAAGAAGGUGGUGAGAGUACUGUGGGAAAGACAGGGGUUUUGGAGACUGGGAAGGUAGGUGGUGCUGGUGGCUAUGGUGAGGUUGCAUUUGAAGGUAAUGGUGGUAAUGGGAACUUUACAAAUGGUAGAGGAGGAGAAGGAGGUGGUGGUAGUGGUGGUGGUGGAGGAGGAGGAGGAGAUGGUGAUAACCAUGAAGAAGAGGAGUUUGGGCCAAUAAUGAAGUUUGAAGAGGUUAUGAAGGAGACUGAGGCUCGAGGGGCUAUUCUUCCCUCUGAUAUGUUGGAAGCUGCCAAGAGUGUGGGAAUUCGCAAAGUGCUUCUGCAUAGAUACUUAGAUUUGCAGGGCUCUUCUGGGAUUUUAGGCUUUGCAAUGAGGUCAUGCUCUAUGCUUCGCAAUCGAAUGUUGGCUGAUCCAUCCUUCCUUUUCAAGAUUGGAACAGAGAUAGUCAUUGAUUCUUGUUGUGCUACAUUUGCGGAAGUUCAAAAAAGGGGCAAAGAUUUCUGGUCAGAGUUUGAGUUGUAUGUUGCUGAUCUUCUGGUUGGAACUGUAGUUAAUGUUGCUUUGGUUAGUAUGUUAGCGCCAUAUGUUCGUAUCGGGCAACCGAAUCUAUCAAAAGGUUUGCUUGGACGUUUGCAACACGCUUAUGGAGCUCUUCCCAGCAGUGUAUUUGAAGCAGAAAGGCCAGGAUGUAGAUUUUCUUUGCAGCAGAGACUUGGUACUUAUUUCUUUAAGGGUAUCUUGUAUGGAUCCGUUGGUUUUGGUUGUGGAAUCAUUGGCCAGGGCAUUGCAAAUUUGAUUAUGACUGCUAAACGGAGCAUAAAGAAAUCAGAAGAAGACAUACCAGUGCCACCUCUACUCAAAAGUGCAGCUCUUUGGGGUGUGUUCCUUGCAGUUUCUUCCAAUACCCGAUAUCAGAUCGUCAAUGGACUCGAGCGCUUGGUAGAAGGAUCACCUAUGGCGAGGCAGGUUCCACCAGUGGCUAUGGCAUUCACUGUUGGUGUACGAUUCGCUAACAAUGUAUACGGUGGAAUGCAGUUCGUGGAUUGGGCUAGGUGGAGUGGGGUUCAAUAACUAGCAUGCGCUUAAUCUGUGGUUUGAGAAGAUGAUAGAAAACUUGAAGUGCUGCUGUUUUCUCAAGUGGCAUAGUCCAUGAACUACAUGAUGCUGAUAUUUGGAAAGUUGAAUUGGGUUUAUGUGCUUAAGAUAUUAUAGUACAAAGCACAUGAGCUUCCUAAGCUAGAACACAUUAUAUUCUAGUGUCUGCCUUGGAAUUUUUUUGCUAAUAAAAGGGGGGCGAGAUAUCAUUAUGGCA